CUUAGGAGGAGCUGGAAAGUGUGAAAAGAUGGCGGCCGGGCGGGAGUGAUUUGAGGCAGCCGCGGCGGCGGCGAGCAAUGCGACGGGCCGGGUACUUAGUCUGCAAGGCGCGCAGCGAGGAGCGCGGGUCGCAGCCGGGAAGCGGCGACGGCCGUAGCCCUAAGGACACCGGGGCCCGUUGGCCUUAGCCCGCCCGGCGCCAGCCCUUUGCGAUUUCACCUUCAUCGGCGCCGGCGGGCAUUUGCUCCCGUGGCUUCGGUCCGCUACUUGUGCGGCGAUGGACUUGCUAGCGAAGAUCAGAAUGAAGGACCCGGCGCCGCGCGCUGUUUCGGUGGACCUUGCCGACGGAACUGAUGGAGGCCGUCUUCACGUGCCAACACCACACCCGCCGGCCCGCUCAUCUUGUCAGAGAGAGCCCAAGCGGCGAGAUGCCGCCGCCUCUUCUUUUGAUUGGUGCCCCCCCGGACGCCCCGCCUCCCUGUGUUCAGUGCGAACCAAGGCGGCCCGAUUCGCCGGGGCCCGCCUUCCCCGGCGCGCGCUUGCUGGUUUUGCCGCCGCAUGCUUCGGCCGCCGGCUGCAUUGGGAGGGGCGGCCCGUGCGCGUGGCCCAGGUUUUAUGCAAUGCGCGCAUCCCGCCCUACCAGGCGCCCACUUCUCGGUCGGGCCCAAGAGGCGGAGAUAAUUUCGCGGGCCGCAGCGAGUUUGUCUUCUGGCCGAUGCGGCGGGCCGCGCGCGCUAUCUAACACACAUAGCGCGGCCACCGAGACUGUGAGUUCGUUGUGGCGCUCUAUUCUCCGGCAACAGGGCAGCGCGUUGGCUGCCGCGGAUUUUGACCUCUGUGACUGCAUU